CACAAGACAAGAUUCAUAUUGCGCAAAGGAGCGGCUGUGAGCUGUUCAGCUAUCCCUCCUUUACGCAAUAUGGAUAUGUUAUGUAUUGAGCAAAUGAGCUGCUAGAGACUGCCACCCAGUGGUAUUUAAGGCUUGUCUCUUUAGUUCGUGCAGCCCAUAUGCUCAAUACAGAGGCUAUGUUUAUUAGCAGCCUCGGCAGGGGCACAGCCAAUAAGAGCCUCUCUCUUUUACAUAGUGGGUCUGUCUGGGAAAUAGAGAACAGAGGCACGGAGAGAGAUGCAUCCAGUGAGCAGUCACGUGAGUCAUCAUGGCCUCAGUGAAGUUAGAUCCGUUGUAAACAGUCAAGACAGUGGAAGGAGCCACACGAUUCCUCUGAUAGUGACUCGGAGGAAGAACAGCCAAGUGUGCAGCCGAAGAUUAAGAACACAGCUGUCCCUUUAGGAGGAAAAAAAAACGUAGAGCUGGGAGAAGAAAAACAAAGACAAUCAAAAAGAGUUCACAAGAAGGAUUAAGUUUAACAGUCAUUAAUCUGUCAAAUUUUGAGCUUAACCAGGAACAUUUGAGUGUUUUGUCUAAAGGACUUGGGUUUGCACCGACUAACAUCUUUUCUCCUUUUAAAACAUUGAUUGAUGUUAAUAAAUUGGUUAGGAAGUUGGCAUUGAAACAAUUUUUUCAUCUGAUGAAAUUGUGGGUUAUCUUGAUUUCAAGGAUAGUUGUUUAUUAGAACAGCUUAGAGAUUUGGAUAAUCAUGAUAGUUGUUCUUAUGAUGAUGAAUGCCCUAAACCUAUGAAAAAAAGAUCAGAUUUUUAUUCCACUAAUUUUAGUGGUUCUUGUUUUGAUAUCUUUCAUAAAAAGGUUGAACAGGAAAUUAUAGAAUUGGGUGAAACCAACAAGAGUAAGGGGUUUCAUCACAAUCUCUCUGUUAGGGAGAGGAAAGCUAUUGCUGAACUACAGGAUAACCACAACAUUGUCAUCAGAUCUUCGGAUAAGGGUGGCAAUGUUGUGGUUAUGAGAAAGGAGGAAUAUUUUAAGGAAGCUCAUAGGCAAUUACAAGAUGGUAUCACCUAUAGGAAUUUAUCGCACAAUCCCGUACAUGAUUUUAGAUUGAAGAUGAGGAGAUUAUUCCAACAAGUGGUUGCACUGAAUGUUUUGACAGAGGAAGAAAUUAACUCCCUUAUUCCUGAGCACCCAGUUGUGCCCAUUUUUCAUUUCUUACCCAAGAUUCACAAGAACCCUGAAAGACCACCAGGAAGACCCAUUAUUUCCGGAAUUGGCUCACUUUUUGAGUCACUUUCGGAAUGGGUAGAUAGUAUUUUACAGCCCCUGGUAAUAAAUCUGAGUAGUUAUCUCAGAGAUUCAGGGCACUUGUUAUCUAUUCUGAACAAUAUUAAGUGGAAGAGUGGGUACAAAUGGGUGGUCAUUGAUGCAGCUUUGUUAUAUUCAAGUAUACCCCAUUCUCUGGGCAUAGUUGCCAUAAAGUUCUUCUUAGACAGGGAUAUUAAUUUCUCUGUAGAGUUUAAAUUGUUUCUUUGUGAGGUGGUUGAGUUCCUACUGAAACAUAUUUUUUUAUGUUUGAUGGUGCCUAUUAUUUACAAACAUGUGGCACCACGAUGGGGGCAAAAUUUGCCCCUCGUUUGCAAAUUUGUAUGUUGGAUGGUGGGAGCUCAACUACCUAUAUGGAGACGUGAAUCCAUUCUGCAGUAAUAUCAUACAAUACAAUAGAUUUAUUGAUGACUUGAUCUUCAUUGUUGAAGAACCUUUUGAAUUUGAGCUAUUUUUUAAAUUUGUAAAUAACAAUGAAUUAGGGUUGAGAUUUACAGGGGAAUUGCUAGAUGACAAGGUUAACUUUUUGGAUUUGGA